AUGGUGGGCAUUUGGGGUACUGGCCGGAGGACAACAAGAGCAGCACUUUGGAGAACCUCCAGGCGAAAGACAGGACAACCUUCGACCUGUCCAAGGAUCUCGUGCUCUUCGAUGGCAAUAGGGCCCACGAAGUGGACGACUUCCAGGGCGAGAGGUUCUCUGUGGUCGGACUACACCACGAAGGGGUACGACCAGAUCCCAGAGGACCAGCAGGCGAUCCUCAAGGAUUGCGGCUUCCCCCUGCCCACGGCCGAGGACCUCAACAGGGUGUGGCCCCUGCUGCCCGAGCCCCGGGGCUAUGAGGGGCAGCGGCUGGAGAAGUUCUUCGACGCCGGCGCUGCCGCAGCAGCGGCUGCACCUCCGAAGCUGUGCAUGUGGCACUUCCCCCCGAGCCCAGAGGAGGAGAAGGCCGCGGCGGCGGUGAUCAGGGCGGCCGACAGGCCGGAGGUGGCGCCGCCCGUGUCGCCCGACAAGAGCCCGAAGCCGGGCCACAAGGCCGCGCUCACCCCGACGAGCGGCCAGAAGGGGAAACGGCCGGGGGGCGCCAAGGCGAAGCUCACGCGCCUUUGGGGUGGACCGCUCGGCGUCUCGCUGAGGAGGGCCGGCGCGGCACAGACAUCCCAGCAGAAGAGCAAACCCCAGGAUCGGAGGAAGAGCAAGCCCCAUGAUCAGAAGGAGAGGAGCCUCAAGCGAAAGGUGGACGGCACGGAGGCGGACGCCCUGAGCAUGAUGCAGGAGGGGCUUGCGUCGCUGGUGAAGGCGGCCAAGAGCUCCGAGGGGGGCGCGGCCGGGGCGGCGGCGAGGCUGCGCCCGACGCUGAUGAAGUACAUGCAGGACGUGCUCCGCUUCGCGGGCAGCGAGUGA